AUGAUUCUAUGGAGAAACAGUUGGUGGUGCUGGUCCACCGCCCUACUAUUCUCACCACCUUCAAUCUGGUUAGCACCAAUCUUCUCUGCUUGCCUCCGUUGCAGUCUUGCAGAGCACCAAAAGGAAAAGGUAUGUUGCCCAUGGUUGGGACUUGGGAGGCUGAAGGUUGAUGCUGCCAAUAAAUAUGGAGGCAGCUACGAUUGCUGGUGGUUUCAUGGCGAGUUUUGCUUGUUUUGGAGUUUGGGACUUGGGAGGCUGAAGCUUCAAGCCAAGGCCGGCGUCAUGGACCCUGGCUCCGACAUCAUCGAGUACGAGAGGCCCGGCGUCGUGCGCGUGUACAAGAGCGGCCGCGUCGAGCGCUUCGACGGCACCGACACCAACACCGUCCCGCCCUGCCCCUCCGGGGACCCCGCCUAUGGCGUCGCCUCCAAGGACGUCGUCCUCGACGCCUCCGCCAACAUCUCCGCUCGCCUGUACAUUCCGGCCGCGGAGCCUGGCAAGAAGCUCCCCGUCGUCGUUUACUUCCACGGCGGCGGUUUCCUUGUCCAAACCCCGGCCUCCCCGUUCUACCACGCCUACACCGCGUCGCUCGCCGCCGCGGCGCCCGCCGUCGUCGUCUCCGUCAACUACCGCCUCGCUCCCGAGGACCGCCUCCCCGCCGCCUACGACGACGCCUUCGCCGCGCUUAAGGCGGUCGUCGCCUCGUGCCGCCCGGACGGCGUCGAGCCGUGGCUCGCGGCGCAUGGCGACGCCUCCCGCGUCGUCCUCGCCGGCGACAGCGCCGGCGGCAACAUCGCGCACAACACGGCCAUAAGGCUGCGGAAGGAACGCAUCGAGGGCUACGGCGACGGUGUCAGCGGCGUCGCGCUCCUGCACUCCUACUUCUGGGGGACAGAGCAGGUGGGCGGGGAGUCCACGGAUGCCGCCUACCGCGGCGAGUUUGAGCGAUUGUGGGACGUCGCCUGCGGCAGCCAGUUCGGCCCCGACCACCCUUACAUCAACCCGGCUACGUCGCCGGGGGAGUGGAGCCAGCUCGGGUGCGGCCGCGUGCUCGUCACCACGGCGGAGCUCUGCUGGUUCGUGGACAGGGCGCGCGCGUACGCGGAGGGGAUCAAGGCGUGCGGAUGGGACGGAGAGGUCGAGUUCCACGAGACCAAGGGCGAGGAGCAUGUCUACUUCUUGUUUAAAUCCGGCUGCGACAAUGCCGUCAAGGAGCUCGCCGUCGUGGCCGACUUCGUCGGGCGCUGUUGA